GCGCCUGGCGCAGUGCACAGUGUGUCCGGUGUGGGCAAGCGAGACCCUUGUUCCUUUCCGAAAAGCGCGCUAGUACCAGUGGGAGUACGCUCACUCAGUUGCCGCCGCCCGUUACGUGGAGCUUCUGGAAACCGACGCCUCCGACGACCACAUCACAUCACCGCGCUGCUGGAUUGCCAGGCACCAACAUUCACAUCGCUUCCACCUGCACCGCCACUCUCGUCUUGCGCGUCACUUCUUGACGGUUUAUAUCAACGCGCAUUCCAGCUAGCCUGGAUUGUCAUCGUUUGCUUGGUGCGCGGCUGAGCUCCAGCACCUCAAUACAGCUCGCCCACAACUCUACACUUACACCACGACAAACCACCGCCCUGCACCCAAGAGCAAAGCUUUAAGAAACUACGUCCAUCAACAUGACGCUUUCCGAAGAGUUCAAGUCCAGAAAUUUCAGUAUCUACGCUCAAUGGACCGGCGUAAUCUGCAUAUUCCUGUGCUUCGCGCUCGGAAUAUCGAAUCUGUUCAAUGCCAAUUGGGUCAUUGCGUUUAGCAUCGUUUGUCUAGUUUACGCGCCCGUUAUUCUAUUCCUCGAAGUACCGCUGCUCCUCCGCAUCUGCCCGACGUCGCCCAAGUUCGACACCUUUAUUCGUAAAUUCGAGACCAACUUCCUGCGCGCCGGACUCUACGCCGCCAUGAGCGCAAUACAAUGGGCCAGCAUUGCCGCACGGGUGACCAGCUUGAUCGCUGCUGCCGUGGUACUGCUCUUUGCAGCCGUUUUCUACGCGCUUGCCGGCCUCAAGGGCCAAGCAUUCCAGGGCAGCAAGACUCUGGGUGGACAGGGCGUCGCGCAGAUGAUCAUCUAAGGGACACCAACGAGCGGACUACAAGUGAGCGUCGGUGAGGCGCGAUUGGAGAGAUGGAGAGAGAACCAGAAAGGGAAGUGAAGCACAAUAGUGGCCUCGCAAGCGAGCUGCUGAGCGGCAAUACAAGUGGUUGGCAGCAUUUUUCAGGCGACUCAAUGUUUUAUAUUGGAAGGUUGGAGGAUACCUCCAGGAGUCACGAUGUUCAAAUUUCUUGUACCACGAAUAGGC